CUUUAGAUCCCCAGUAGAUGGCGUUUAGCAGCAAUUAUUGACGAUUUUUCAAAAAUUGAUCGUCUCAAGGCCUGUAAAGGAGUCAAACAGACAAACACACUGUUACACGUUAUAUAGGACACCAGAGAAGGUCUAACUAUUACAUUCAGCCACUUGAAAGUUCAUAAGCCAUUCAAGAAAAACCGUAUGCGUUCACCAUUGAUCCAAUUAGACGAAGGAUUAUCAGGAUUGGUGCUGUCUUUCUAUGUCAAUGAGGUGUAAAUAUAUUCCGUAUGCAGGUCCCAGCCAAGUAUAUGCUUGCAUAUAUAUGACUCAACAAACGGGUAUUCAUCUACUAAUGAGGGAAGAACGGGAGUGGGUGUGCAUAGAGCUAGCUGUACACACCUUUGUGUGGGUAUGUUUGGAACAGCUGUCAUUGCAGGUAUAUACGUCAGUUGCCAUGGACACCCGACCGGGCUGUGUAUAACAAACAGACCAAAGUCCAAGUCAAACAAGUUCGCUCAAACCAGUGUGCAAUCAACUUCGCGUCUCGUUUAACUGUGUGUGCAUUCUAUUUGAAUUUGUAAAAAUGGUCCGCGGAGGUCAAUAUUCCGACGAAUCAGACUCGGAUUGGGACAGUUUAUCCCAAGCGGUUCCACCACCGCCAGCAUCAGCCACUGCUGCUGAACCGUCGACACAAUCAGUUUCAUCCAUUAGCUCAGCCAGCGGAUGAAAGGCCCAAAUUGAUACCGGCAUUCAACGAAAUCGUGAGACCAAACUCUGAUUCACUUCGAUCGAUGAGUGCUGCUUCCACUGCCAAGGGUCCACUUACCUUCAUCGAUCGUCAAUUGAACGGCGAUACUGUCGCCAGCCCACAAUCAACGCGAGACUCAAGUCCGGUCGUUAGCUUAAGGACGACGACCAAGAAAGAGCUUCAGCCUCAUCAAGUCCAGCAUCGGACCAGCGAAGCGCAAAUCUUUGAUGAAGAGCUUCCCGUCAUAGCAACAGACAUCAAAGAUGUAGAGUUCCAGCCUACUACGCCUAUUCGCCAGCAGCAGCAGCCGACGACGACAAAGCAAUUCAAAUCGCCCGUUUUAAUGUCCCGCCGGCCAACGGACAAUUCCAUUAGUUAUUCAUCCAGCGAUGGAUUCGAUAACGUGGCCUUUGAAGGUCCAAGUAGCGGAAUGUACAGCUGCAGUCCACCGAUUGAACGAGCCAAAACGGCCAGCGUUCAGCAACAGCAGCCGUUGCCGAAACCCGACGAGACCAUCGAGAUCUUUCCCUACGACAAAACCAACCCCGAGUUUAAUCAAGUCUCUGAAAGGCGACGCCGAGCCAUGGCUGACGGAUUAAGCGAAACGGUCUUUGAAGUCUCCAGCCGCUUCUGCUCCGAGCUGACUGCCGUGAUUGGAUUGCCUUUCAUCAUCGCCUUGGCCGUGUUAUUGCAAUCAUUAAGGUUCGUAACAGCCGGCUUGUUACGGCCUCUGCUGAUUGGAUUAGUGAUGGGCAUCUCCGACGGACUAGUCAAGCCUCUGCUGGCCGCCUUCCACAACGGCGUCGUCGUCCCUUUCGCUGCGUUUCUGCACAAUGUCGCCUCGGCCGUCAAGACGUCGCUCGUUCCCAUCGCUGGCAUCAUCCUUCUCAUGACCGAGCCUCUGGGACGCUUACUGCAGUCCUGCCGACUCAUCGACAUUCACCACCAUCAUCACAAACCCAUCGUCCGAGACGUCUAACAUUCGCCCGGCUCCAGUUAUUCUUCUCUUUUUUCUUUUCGACCGUUUUAUGCACUUUUCCCUCUGUCCAGCAGCUCUAGAGUCUAGACCGUCGACUCACCGAUCGAUAUAAAUAAGGUUCACCAACACUUUUUCCAAGUCGAGCUAAUAAUUCCGUGUGGCCGGGCAAGGGGGUCGACGUUUUCGACACUGGGGCCAACCAACUGGAACCGGAAUCCGUUUACUAUACAAAAACACAAAAGUUCCAGAGUCUAUACGCAGCAGCGGCAGCAGCGGCAGCGGAUGAGUUUCACAUAGUUGGCCAGGAACACCAGACAGGAGAGUGGGCGUCCAAUAUCACGAGGAUCGGAAGGGGCCGUGAAAGAAGAAUGAGGAUGGAAGGAAAUAAAUAAAUAUAAAAAAAGGGGGGAGGAGGGAUGGAUGGAUGGAUGGAGGCGGAGGAGGAGUAGGGUACACUUUUUUAAUUAUAGACUUUUUUCUCCCGUCCGUCGCAACUGCGGAAUGACACUGGGAGGACAGGAGGAUGUGCCAAACUAUUCCGACCGCUGCCGCUGAUGCUUUCGCUGUUACUGACGUCAGAAAAUAAUUAGUUACCAGAAAGACCAAAAGAAUGUGCAGUGUGUAGCGAUUUUAAUCAAGGAGAAAUGUAAACGCGCAGCAGUCACGAGAGCGCGCGCGCUCAUAAUACAAUACACAAUUUUUCUUUUUUUUGUUGGGUUUUGUUUUUUACUUUGUACAAACUAUCGCGGAAAAAAAAAUUCUUUUAAGUCAAAUCGGAUCACGUUCAAUUAAAAAAAAAGAGAAUAAUGAUAAUUAAAAAAAAAAAAAAACGAAAGAAAUUUUUUUCCCGCUCCUGAAAAAAAAAAGAGGAACAAGACCGAAAGACACACACAAGAGAAAUAGGGAAAAAUAUUACACGGGGUGUUGGGAAAAAAAGAAAGAAGAGGGACGAAAGAAAAAAAAAAAACAUGAUGAGACAAAAAUGCGGAGAUGAUGGGAGCCGUAAAAAAGGUGGGAAUAAUCAAUGAUCACUUUUUUUUUUGUUUUUCAACUACAUUGUACAUAAGGGUGAAGAGAGACGAGGCUUAAAUUUUUUUUUAUCCUUUACACACACACACACACGUACAGACAAAAAAAGAAAGAUCGAUGCGAGGAUGGAGUAAAGAUGAAACAAAAAAUCAUCGUAAGAAGGGACUACAACCAAAGGUCUCGACUUGUUUGAUGGACGGUAAAUGAAAAUUCGCCAUUUUUUUCACAAAUGGCCGAAAUAAUGGGGGGGGGGAUAGACGAAGAAGAAAGUGAAAUCUUGUUUAAUGAAAUUCCCAUUUUAAAAAAAAGGAAAUUUGACAAAAAAGAAGAAAGGAAAAUUUUCUAGGAUUGAAUUUGACAUCAUUUGUUUUUCGCCAAUCAAAGGUCAAACAAAUAAUGAUUACAAAAUGAAGGUUUCACGUCGCACGGGAGGCAACGAUGUAUUUAUACCCUCACAAUAAUGGUAACUUUUUUUCCAAGUUUUUCUUUACUUUAGAAACUCAAAAAAAGAAAAUUGGGGUUUUCCUAUAUCACAUGGCGAUGGAAAAAAAACAAACAAAAGAAAUUUGAAAACAAACAUCUCUCUUUUUUAGUUGUUGUUUCUUGUUAAAUUCAAUCUACUAACUGGUAAACAGAUAUCGCAAGAAUCCAUCCGGGGAUUGAUCCGGAAUCGUGACACUUGUGAUAAAAAUUUAUUUUUUAAAAAUUCCCAUUUCAGUUCUCUAAAACAGAAAACCCUGAGAGAGAACUUAAACACAAUUCCUUAAUACACAUCCCCCCUUGUUUUUAAUAAACGACGAUUUUUGGGAAAUAAAAAAAAAAUUGUAAUUGUUUUUAUUAACUUUUUUUUUUCUUUAAAUUUUGCUAAACGUUGAAAUUUUCUUUUUUUGCACUCGCGUAUCGAUUCCGUGUAUGUGAUUCCGGAUUUCAAAAAAAAUUUCUUUGAUGAUGUCUUGUGUGUGGUUUUCUUUUUUUUUCAAUUUUUUAAAAGAAGAGAAAUAAUAAUUAAUAAUACGAAAACCGAAAUCUAAAACGUGCGGUUCUCUUUUUUCUCCACUUUUUUUUUUUCACGAUAAAUUUUUUUUCCGCCUUUAGAAACGGAAAAUCAAAAAUGGCGGCGGAUACAUAAUUCGCACACUCCAAGUCAGGGAUUGAAGUAAUAUAAAGAUAGAGAGAGGGAGAGAGAGAAUUUUUUUUUUCUUCUGUAAGGAUGCAACGGAUGACUAAAGAUCCUUCGUUCGAAAA